UGUUUUGGUGAUCGCACGUCGCGUGAGGCACGCGUCGUCCAUUCGUAUUUGGCGAAGUGCCACGCAUCGUACGGAGCGUCAUCUGGUUUCCUUGAGGAUGAGAUUAAGUAUUGCUGUUUUGAAGAUCGCUGCUGCCUCUUGUUGUUUAACACAGUAAGGAUGGCAGCAGCCAGCAAGAAAGAUCAACAAGAGUUCGCAAAGACCCGAGUGGCUGAGGACGAGAACGGUUCAGAAAUUGAAAAGAAAGAAAAAGAAGCAGUUUUACAACUUCGACAGCUUCUCAAAGAGGAAACGAAACUGAACCCAAGAACCGAUGACGAAUUUCUGCUCCGCUUCGUUCGUGUUCGCAAGGGCGACGUCGACGCAGCACGAAGAACGGUUCGGAACUACUACAAGAACCGUGCAAGCUAUCCGCAGUUUUAUUCCAAUUUUGUGCCGUCCAGUAUCAACGCAGAAACCAGAAGGACCAUGACAGUUUUACCUUCAAAAGACGUUUUUGGCCGGCCCGUGCUCCUACACAAGCCAGGUUUACUGCCUUUGGACAGAGACGCUUACGAUAUGGGCCAGAAAGCGCUCUUCAUAUGCAUCGAACGGAUUGCAGCAGACCCCGUCUCACAAACUACCGGGAUUUCCUUCAUUGUGGAUUCAGCGGGAUUCAGCUUGGACAGGCUUUUCUACUGCAACUUAAAUAACAUUCGACGCACCCUGGACUACCUUCAGGACUGCAUGCCAAUCAGGCUGAAGGCUUUGCACAUUGUUCACGAGUCGAAGGCCAUCGAUUUCCUGUAUGGCCUACUAAGGCCAUUUUUGAGACGGAAGCUUACUGAGAGGCUUCAUUUUCAUGGCAGUAAUUAUGAAAACCUGCUCAAGGAGAUUCCGCCACAAAGACUGCCAAAGGAAUGUGGAGGCAAGGCCGAUGACUUAGACUUUGAGGGAUUCUGGCGACAACUGGAUCAAGAGGAAGCGCUUUUCGUGGAUAACAAUCGAUUUGGUUACGUUGAAGACAAUGCGCCACAUAGUGUGCAGCGGUGAUUUCAGGGAAGAUUGCUACGGUGGUGCUCGCGCGUACUGCAACCGUGAAGGAAAACGCAGGAGCUCUUCAACUGCUCUAUCAACUCGGGGAUGAAGUCACAUUUUGUCGCUCACUCGUUGGUGUAAGACGAAAGAACGUAUCGUGGUUGGGGGUAGGACAGCGUUUGUAAGAUUUUACAAGUUCAAAUAAAAUACCGAAUGCCAAGAAUCAA